CCGCAGGACACACGGAGGAGCAGCAGAGGAACAUGAAGGCCCUGCUUCUGCUUCUGCUUCUGGGAUCCAGCUGUGUCUGCACAACUUCCUUUCCCAGUUUUUCUUCACCUACACAUGAACCGGAGGAGCUCUCCAGCGGUUCAGACAGAACCAACACAAAUGACCCAUUGCCAAACACCGACAGAGCCCUGGGAACCACCCGACACAUUAACAUCUCCAACAUCCACAGUUCAUCAACUCAUGGAGCCCAGGGAGACACCACCAAACCUCCGGAUUUACUUCCAGAUGAUACAUCCUCUGUCUCAGAGCUUUUUCAUCCAAACACAGACCAAACUGUUUUAUCCAAUGUUGAUGUGUCCACCACUCACCAAUUGGACCAGAUGGGUCAUACUGUCCCAUCUGGUCCAAGUGUGUCCACCACUGACCAAUUAAAUGUCCACAAUCUUUCAUUUGGUCCAAAUGUAUCAACCGCUGACCAAUUAGAGGCUCACAAUGCCUUAUCUAUCACAAGUGUGUCCACCACCAAUCAGUUGAAUGACCACACCGUGUCAUCUGGUCCAGGUUUGUCCACCACCAAUCACAUGAAUGUCCAGGCUGUGUCAUCUGGUCCAGGUUUGUCCACCACCAAUCAUGUGAAUGUCCAGGUUGUGUCAUCUGGUCCAGGUGUGUCCACCACCAAUCAGUUGAUUGACGACACCGUGUCAUCUGGUCCAGGUGUGUCCACCACCAAUCAGUUGAAUGACAACACCGUGUCAUCUGGUCCAGGUGUGUCCACCACCAAUCACAUGAAUAUCCAGGCUGUGUCAUCUAGUCCAGGUGUGUCCACCACCAAUCAGCUGAAUGUCCACACCGUGUCAUCUGGUCCAGGUUUGUCCACCACCAAUCACAUGAAUGUCCAGUCUGUGUCAUCUGGUCCAGGUGUGUCCACCACCAACCAGCUGAAUGUCCAGACUGUUUCAUCUGGUCCAGAUGUGUCCACCACCAAUCAGUUGAAUGUCCAGACUGUUUCAUCUGGUCCAGGUGUGUCCACCACUGACCAAUCAGAAACUCCAACAAUGUUAUCAGGUGCAAAUGUGUUCACCUCCGACCAAUCAGAUGUUCACGUUGCCUCAUCUGGUCUAGAUGUGAUCACCACUGGCCGAUCAGAAGUCUCAAACAGUUCAAAAGGACACAUGAAGCCACAGCCUAAGACUGAAACAGCAUCAGUGUUGAACACAUUGUCCUCCCUUAAUGGAAAUCAGAUUCACUCCAGUGGAAGCAGAACAGCAAGGUUUGGUUCUUCUACAGGAUACCCAGGGGAGAGCACAGGUGGAAUGAAGGACUUCACAUCUACAUCUACAUUUUCUGACAGCUCAUCUGCCGACACUGAGCCAAACACCAUAUCAACAGCUUAUCAUAUUACCUAUACAAAACGCUCUACCUUAGCUGCACCAACCACAGCUUACACACCUGGAGAAUCACUCCUUACAUCUGCAUUAAGGACAGAGACAAACCCAUCAUACAACCGUUAUAACCUUGUCACAGUUCCUGAAUCAUCACCUUCAGUUGAAGGCUUUUCUCAACAUCCAGACACAGCUAGGACAGUGAGUGAAGUAGCUGACAACACACCUGGUGGCCCACCUCGAACCGCACCUGAAGCCACAUCUGCUGUUUCAGGAUCUGGAUAUACAUCUGCAAUAACACCUGAGAUUGGGCCCAUGACCUCACCUGGGGUCACUGCAAGAACGAACCCUAAAACUACAUCUGCAACCACAAAUGCAGCUUCUGCACCUGGAACCACACCUGGAGAUUCUGAACCUGAAACCCCACCUGGUGCUUUCACGCAUGAAGUGAAGCCUGCAGUGACAACAGCAACACCUACACCUCAGUCCACACCUGAAAUCUCCACACCUGAAUUCACACCAGCAGCUCCUGAACCUGAAACCACAUCCGAAGCUGUAAGACAUGAAACUACAUCUGCCACUAAACAUGCAACUACACUUGCAAUCAGAACUACAACCAGAGCGGCGACACCGAGUUCUGCACCUGUGACCACACCCACAGCGACAAGGCGUGUCGUGUCCACCCCCUCUACACCCAAAAUGACUGUACCAACGAACCUCCCUAGCAUCACCACGCAAACCACACAGUCAACUACAGCUCCACUGCUGGCCACCACACAUGUCCAGACCUUCGAUGGCCCAAGCUGCUCUGUGGAGCUAACAGAGGUCAGGACCAGCUGGGACUCAGCAGUGGUUUGGUUGACUGCUACCUGUCCAUCACCUGACUUCACAGCCUUCAUAGAUGCAGGCUAUGGGCCAACCGCGGUCCGCUGUGAUCAGGAUGGAAACAAUGGAUUUAAGCUUAUCUGCAACAUGACAGAGCUACAACCAGGAACUUUGUAUGAACUAAGGGUGAUCUCUGGGAAGGAUAAGGAGAGAAGCCUUGGCUCAAUGCGCACCGUCCCAGUUGGUCCAGCUCAGCUCGAGGUCCAGUUAGACCCUGAAAGCAUGGCUUCAGUUCAUGAAGGAUCCUCUGGGGUACGGAUCCUCUGGUCCCUUUCUGCAGGACAUGUGGACUGGUAUAAUGUAACUCUGGAAGAUGUCCACUCCGGUAUGGUUCGAAGCACCAGAGUCAUGGGUUCUGCAGCUCCUCAGUCUGGUUUCACCUCACUCGUCCCAGGAACUCUGUACAACAUCAGUGUGUUGGCUAUAUCUGGGAACAAGACUGCUGCACCAGUGCACACCAUUGCAGUUACAGCCCCUUCAGCUGUGGACAGCCUUCAAGUAGCAUCCUCAUCUUUGGACAGCCUUGGUGUGCUCUGGCAGCCUGGCCCGGGACAAACGGAGAACUUUAAGGUCCUAGUGAUUGACCAGGACGGGUUUCUCCUGAGGAACAUCACUUUGGAGAACUCUACGACCUACACCAAGCUGGAUGGGCUGCAGCCAGGGACGCCGUACAGGGUCACUGUGGUAACAAUCGCUGCUGGCCUGCAGAGCUCCACCUUCAUCCAGGCCUACACUGUCCCAGCAGCCGUGUCAGAUCUGAUUGUCAACAACAAUGGCAGCUCAGAGAGACUUCGGGCCUCCUGGACCCCACCUAAAGGAGGUGUGGACUUUUUUACAGUGACCCUGUGGGCUUCAGGUUUGACCCCCGAGCAACGAAUCCUAGCCCCAAAUGUCACCCAACUGGUGUUUGAGGGUCUAACCCCUGGACGCCGAUACCAGCUGUCUGUCAACUCAUCAGCUGGAGGCCUGAGUUCGGAGAGCAGGACUGAAGGACGGACAGUUCCUGACCAGGUGUCCACCCUCUCCAUGUCCAUUGACAGCAGCAAGCUGCAACUCAGCUGGUCUCCCCCCAGAGGUGACUGGGACAACUACAGCGUUGUGUUGACAGAUGGCCCUGCUGUUCUAUUUAAUAGGACCGUCAGUAAGAAGAGCAGAGAGCUUCUCGUGUCCGUCCAGAGCCUCGGUUUAGUUCCAGGACGGCUCUACUCUGCUGAGUUCAGAGUGCACAGCGGCGGUUUGAGUAACACAGCCCACUGCAGCAGCAGACUAGCACCUCGUCCUGUGCAGCAGCUUGUCCUCCGUCAUGUUGAUGAGACGUCUCUUAGUGUGCAGUGGAGACAGCCUGUUGGACGUUGGGACAGCUUCACGGUGCAUCUGACAGAUGAGGACCUCGCCACUCCUGACACUCAGAGGAUCCUCAGCGGUGGGUCCAGAGAGUGCACCUUCAAAGGCCUCACCUCAGGACGCCGCUACACUGUUACCGUGAAAACUAGCAGCGGUAACCUGAGCAGCUCUGACUCCCUGACUGCAUGGACCAUACCAGCUCCAGUCAGCGGGCUGCAGGUUUUUAACCUCGACACCACCGACAUCCUGCAGGCUCAAUGGGAAUUACCUUCUGGAGACAAAGACUCAUAUCAAGUUCUGCUGGUCCGUGACAGCAGUGUCAUCAAGAAUAAGAGUGUCGCAGGUAACAUCAGCAGCAUAAGCUUCCAGAACCUGAGACCAGGAGCACAGUACAAGGUGGUGGUCACCACCAUCAGAGCCGGAUACACUUCCAGACAGACUGUGGCCGAAGGACGCACAGUGCCAGCGGCGGUCACUGAUGUUCGGGUCAGUAACAAUGGUCGCACGGAUUUCCUCACUGUGUCCUGGAAUCAGGCUGCAGGUGAGGUGGACAGUUACUUGGUGACCCUGAGUGACCGUGACAGGACACUGCACACCCUGGCCGUGUCAAAGUUCAAUCCUGGCUGCGUCUUCAACUCGCUGGUAUCUGGACGCCUCUACAACAUCUCCAUCACCAGCUGCAGCGGUCGCUACAGAAACCACACCUUCAUCCAAGGGAGAACACAGCCCUCUAAGGUGCAGAACCCCACAGCCACUCACAGUGCUCGGGACGACUACCUGAAGGUUUAUUGGCGUCAUGCUGCUGGAGACCUUGACUUCUACCAGGUGUUCAUCAAACACAACAACACCUUCCUGCAGAACAAGACAGUCCAGAAGACACAGAGUGAGUGUGUGUUCACUGGGCUAGUGCCAGGACGGCUCUACACAGUACUAGUGAACACCUGGAGUGGUUUUUAUGAAGUCAGUGCAUCCACCCAUGGAAGAACCUUCCCAGCAGCGGUCCGAUCUCUCAGUCUUGCAGGACGGGGGACUGAGGACCUUCGGGUGACGUGGUUGGCAGCUCCAGGUGAUGUGGAUCAUUAUGAGGUGCAGCUGCUGUUCAGUGACAUGAAAGUGUUCCCACCUCUCACUCUGGGCACUGGGGUGGGGGAGUGUGUCUUGUCAUCACUCACACCUGGGCGACUCUACAAGAUCCUAGUUUCAACCUUCAGCGGUCCAAAUCAGAGGACCCAGUUCAUAGGGGGUCGAACAGUUCCUAGUAAGGUGAAGAACAUCCAUGUUAACGGUGACAGCAGUCAUCUGAAGGUGAGCUGGACACCUGGACCGGGUGAUGUGGAUGGAUACUCAGUCUUUCUGUACAGAGAGAGUCGAGAACUGGCUGUCCAAGAUGUCCACAAGCACCAAAAUGAGGUGACGUUUGACUGGCUGCAGCCAGGUCAGCUGUACGGUGUUAUGGUUCAGUCUUCAAGCGGAGAGCUGCUGAACAACAACACAUCCACGGGACGCACAGUCCCGUUAGCAGUCACAGGUCUUCAGGUGGAGCCCGUCCUGAGCACCUGUAGCCUGCAAGUGAGCUGGCAAGAAGCUCUUGGUGUCUCUGAUGGAUACAUCCUGCAGGUUCUGGACGAAAGAGGCAGCAUUGUCGCCAAUGCCUCACAGCCCGUCAGAUUCACCCGGUACCGGUUUGAUGGCCUUACGCCAGGGAAGAAGUAUCGAAUCCUGGUCCGGACCAUCAGUGGGGGACUCCAUAGCCAGGGAGUUAGUGCAGAAGCUCGAAUAUACCCAGCAUCUGUUACUGAUCUGUCCAUCAAAACCAGCAACACUGCCAGCCUGUCUUUCCAGUGGUCCCCACCAGAAGGAGACUUUCAGCAUUAUGAAGUCUUUUUGUAUAAAAGUGAUGAGUCUUUGCAGGAGAGUCGGCGGGUCCAACCCAGUACUAAGCAGUGCUCCUUCCAGGGUCUCAGACCUGGAGCGCUGUACAGACUAGAGAUUGUGGUCCACAGUGGAGACCAAACCAACCAGACCUCCAUGUGGGCAAGGACAGUACCAGCACCUGUAGCAUUUCUCAGGGCUCAGAGUGGAAACCAGUCUGACACUCUGUUGAUCAACUGGGAUCGCAAAGAUGGUGACGUGACCGGAUACCUGCUCUCACUCUACAGCCCUGAUGGAUCCCAGCAGGAUGAGCAUCAGUUGGGUUCUGAGGUCACAGAGUUCAUAUAUUCAGGCCUGGUGCCAGGUCGGCAGUACCGAGUCGAUGUGCAGAGUCUCAGUGGAGAGCUUCACAACCUAGCAAGCACUGUGGGUCGUACUGCUCCAAAACCUCCUUCCUCGUUCUUGUUUGGGGGAGUCACCAACACCUCCCUGGAGGUCACCUGGAGUGGUCCAGUAGGUUCUGAUUAUGAUGACUUCGACCUGCAGUGGACUCCUAAGGACCAGCUGUCUGUUAUCAACCCGUACCACAGCCGAACAUCAGGCAGUCGCAUCCUAAAAGGGAUGUUCCCAGGACGACUUUACACCUUCAGCCUUCGAACUGUCAGUGGGGCGACGCAGCCCGGUGCCACCUACAGCACUCCCAUCCAAAAGAGUAUUCGAACCAAGCCAGAGCGAGUCCAUAGCCUCCACUGUCGACCACAGAGCUCUACCUCUAUCUCCUGUUCUUGGGGACCUCCACGAGCUGACUAUGAUUCCUACACCAUUGAAUGUCUUCACCAGGACACUCACACCCUGGUCUACUCACGCCGUACAAGUCGAGAGUCCACCAGUUAUGUUAUCACCCAGCUUGAGCCCCACAAACGUUACACCAUCUCUGUGAAGGUCAUUUCUGACGGGACGACCAGCGAGGAGGCAGAGGACAGCGUAGUCACCAUGAUAGACCGUCCUCCUCUGCCCCCACUGACUACCCGGGUCAGUGACAAGUCCACUUUGGUCACAAAGUCCUCAAUAUCAUUCCAGUUUAAUUGUAGCUGGUUCAGUGAUGUCAAUGGAGCAGUGAGGUUCUUUACUGUGGUUGUGACUGAAUCUGAAGGUGUCAAUGAUUUGCAGCCAGACCAUAAUCACCCUCUGCCCUCCUACCUGGACUACAGACACAACAGCUCAGUUAAGUCCUACCAGACCAGCUACUUUCCCAGCCUCUGUUCAGAUGGAUUAGACAGCAGCAUUCAGAUCUAUAACAUCAGCCUUGGGACUGGGAUGGACUCUCUAGGGGGUCCAUGUGACCACAAAGACCCAAGUCAUGCAGAGUCCAGCAGAGGCCUUAUCUACUUCUGUGAUGGACCUCUGAAGUCAAAGACUUCAUACAGGAUCAGCAUCCGAGCCUUCACACAGCUGUUUGAUGAAGAAACUACAAAUUCUAGAUUAGCUUCGCCUCUCUUCACUGACACCUUCUUAUCUCUGCCCAUCAUCACGGAGACAGAACCUCUGAGCGGUGUCAUUGAAGGCAUCAGUGCCGGACUUUUCCUCAUCCUCAUGAUAGUUGCCGUCACUGCUUUCCUCAUUUGCAGACACAAGGCUCGCAAAUUGGUGGAGGAGAGACCUGAUGUCAGGAGAUGUAUAAGGAGAGAGAGGUCAUCAGUAGGAGUCCAGAUGGGAGUCAGAGGCAGCAGGAGAAUCUCCAGUCCCAUCAAGAUCCUGAAUUUUGAAUCUCACUACAACAAACUCCUGGCCGACUCCAGCUAUCUCCUGUCUGAAGAGUACGAGGACCUGAAAGAUGUUGGCCGUAAUCAACCACUGGACUCUGCUCUGCUGCCUGAGAACCGUGGGAAGAACCGAUACAACAACAUCUUGCCCUAUGACUCAACGAGGGUCAAGCUGUCUUACGUGGAUGAUGAUCCCUGUUCAGACUACAUCAAUGCCAGCUAUAUCCCAGGUAACAAUUUCCGCCGGGAGUAUAUUGCCACACAGGGACCCCUUCCAGGAACAAAGGAUGACUUCUGGAAGAUGGUGUGGGAGCAGAACGUCCAUAAUGUGGUCAUGGUCACUCAGUGUGUGGAGAAAGGCAGGGUGAAGUGUGAUCACUAUUGGCCUUUUGAUCAGGAUCCUCUGUACUACGGAGAUCUCAUAGUUCAGAUGCUGUCAGAGUCGGUUCUUCCAGAGUGGACGAUCCGAGAGUUCAGAAUCUGCAGCGAGCAGCAGUUGAGUUUCGUCCGCCUCGUUCGGCAGUUUCACUACACAGUGUGGCCCGAUCAUGGAGUUCCAGAGAGCACACAGUCGCUCAUACAGUUUGUUCGAACCGUCCGUGACUACGUCAACAGAACUCCUGGUUCUGGUCCCACUGUGGUCCAUUGCAGUGCCGGAGUGGGGCGAACUGGAACCUUCAUCGUCCUGGAUCGGGUGCUGCAGCAGCUGGACACAAAGGACACAGCGGACAUAUACGGCGUUGUCUUUGACCUACGCCUCCACCGGUCACACAUGGUGCAGACUGAGGGCCAGUACUUGUACUUGCAUCAGUGCAUUCGGGAUGUCCUCAGAGCCCGGAAGCUGCGCAGUGAACAGGAGAGCCUCGGUCACCCCAUCCUGAGAAUGUGAAUCCCACCUGGCAGAGAGAGACGCUGUGCUUGUACUGCCUGCGGAUUUACUGUUGAGCUAACAAAAAAAAACACAGCCAUUUAUUUUUCUAUCAGUGUCCAUAUUUUAUUCUGCAGAUUUAUGAUAAUUUAUGUAACGUGAACUGGAGUGUGUCUGUGGUUGUACUUUGUGUUUCUGUGUCACAAUGAAGCUGUGGGUGGAAACAGCCUCAGGAGACUGAACAUUUUGAUCAGCUUCGAUCACCAGUGCACCCUCCAGCUACUAAUCAUUUGUUCAGACAACAGCAGAGUCAGCUCCUCAUUGAACGUGUUUAUGCAGAUGAACAGCAGUACCUGUAUGUUACCUGUUCACCUUCUUCUACCUUAACUUGUAACUGGAGAUCUGCUUAAAGACAUUACUGUACUUGUAGAGGUUCUGUACCUGAAUGUGAGCCUGUGCUUGUACCUAAACAUAUCUGUCUGUGAUCAGCUCAUUAAACACACAGAACAUGUACAAUUA